UCUUCUGGUAGAAUCUAUAUUCUGUGAAUCACCAUUACAUUUUCAAAAAAUAUAUUUUUUCUGCCUUCGUCCUGAGUGAAAUUAUGAAAAUCAAUUAAAGAUUAUUAACGUAUUACUGUGUAACAAGGGAAAAUAACAAUCUUGAUAAUUUUUAGUGAUUCGUACACACAAAACAGCAGAAAAUUUUCGAAUUUCGUGACAAAUUAUGUACCAUUGUUAGACUUUGACCCUGCCUGCGUUUAGAUUUUAUAAUGUGCCGUGUUUUAAAAUAUUUACGAAAUAUACACUAGAUUUUAUACACUCGGUUUGUAAAAGAAAGAAAAAAACGUUUAAAAAAUAUGGGUGGAAGUGGAAGCUACUGCUGCAAUUUAUGUGGGGACAUGGCUCCAACAAAACUUGCGAUUUUAGCCCACCUUGCCCAAUGGCAUAAGGGAAAGCGAGAGAGAACGCAAGAGAAAAAAUGGAGAAAAUCUGAGGGCAAAUCUAAGGGUAAGAGAAGUGACGCCAAGGCCGAUAAGGAAGCCAAGGCCGAUAAGGACGCCAGGGCCGAUAAGGACGCCAAGGCCAAUAAGGACGCCCCCACGACAACUGGGAAAAUUCGCGAAAAUAAAAGUAAGGAUAGUGGGUUUAGAAAGACUGGUACCUCGACCGAUAAACCCGUAGAUGACAAUGCCGUCGCUAAUGACGAAACUCCUAAACUGAAGUUUUCGACCUAUGGACGAACCUCUUAUGGGACGAGGGCAAGGUCGAGAAUGGGUGAUGGAGAGUCCUCGUCCGUGAACAAAUCUUCAGAAGUGAUCGACGAAUCGACCAGCGUUGCAAAGAAGCACAAAUUGCCACCCAACGAAGUACAUGAGGGGGUUGGAAAGACGAGGAAAUUGACGGACGAGGAAAACAUUCUAGUUAAGAAAGUCGUGGAUAAAAUCACGAAUGUGUUUCUCACUAAUGGCAAAAGUUUCACCAAGAAGCAUAAUGUAAAUGUCCUUCCUACUCAAGUUUUGGCCAAGAAAAAACCUCCUUUAGAAGGAAAGGGGUUUGAAUCUCGAAUCCUAAAUCAAGCCGACAAACCAAUCAAAAUAAGUAAUAAACCCGUCGUUUUCAAUCGGGAUACCAAAAUUGACCCCGUAACACACGCUACGCCAGAAAUUAGCUCGACACUGCCAACAAAGAAAAAUGAAAUGCUUAAACCCAUAAAAACUGCACCCCAACAAAAUCGUCAAAAAUUGGAGGAUGAAAUUCCAGUCUUCGAUAUAACAGAUGAUGACGAAGUUGAGGAUAUUAAUGCCGAUAAGCAAAUGAAUAAUGAGGAACACGAUAAUCGACCAGACUCACCGGUCUAUCUAUUCCCCAGGGUGAAGAGCACAAAAUCAUUAUCGUUAACUCAAGAGGAACAGGUCAAAAAGAUGCCACAAUUAGCACCAGCAACGCCUCCAAUUUUGACGAAGGAACCUCACCAACCUGGCGCAGGUAACACGGGAGAAAACGUUAGAAAACAACGUCCCAAGGCACGUAUCUCUCCGAACACUCUUCAAUGCCCCCUCUGCCCCACAAAGUGUAACACAGGAUUUAUCCUGCACCGUCACCUUGCUCAAAAUCAUGCUGGCGAGAUUCAAUGUAAACGCAAGGAGCUGAAUAAAACGACGAAGAUUGGUCACCCGUCGAAGACCCGGGCGCCUGUCAAACUACCCACAGUCGUUGACCAAGUAGGAUCAAUUGGUCAAAAACGGGGACACGAUCUCACGCCAACAUCACCGCCCAGAGAAUCGCCAGCACAACUACCAGCAACGUCGCCAGGAAAUAAUUUAGAGAAGCCAGUUGACUCCACAACGAUCGAAGCUGAAUUGGAGGAGCUGCUUUCCUCUCCUGUUAAAACUCACGGCAAUCUCGACAAUAUUAAAAAAGUUGAAGUCGACACCCCCAAAAAAACCAACGGUGUCGAACUCACCCCCACCAACGUCCACUCUUUAACUCCUCCUUCUCCUCCCUCCACCGUUAAAGUCCCUACGCCCCAACCAUCUCCAACCGACAGCGUAAAGACCAUCUCCAUCUCCAUCUUAUCGUCCCCUUCCUUCAAAUGUGACGAGUGUGGGACGCCCUUCCACACGGCGAAUGGUCUUUCGGUGCACGCCAGUCUUAAUCACGCCGUAGAAAAUGUGCCAGUUCCACCUAAAGAGUUGGAAUCAUCCGCAAUAUCUUUGACUGAUGAUUUCUUGCUUUGCAGUGGUACGCUUUUGCUGGAAGGGGUCGCGGAAUAGUGCGUGUCGAACUGUCCUUUGACAAUGGGGAUAAUUGGCAAGUGGUAAAAUUAACUAGACAGGACAGCAACUAUUCCUGGACGCAGUGGGAGAUAGAGGUCAAUGUUACUAGCGCUAUGGAUGUCUGGGUCAAAGCAGUGGACACCGGGUACAAUCAACAACCCGAGGACUUGAAACAUAUCUGGAACUAUCGUGG